AUGAGUUUCAGGCGCAGCGGGGGACUUACUGCCCGCAACUUCAGACCUUGUCUACCCCAGAAUCUCCGCAUUCGCUCCACUUUCCCGCCGCUGUUAUCCCGGAAGUUCCAUGCUAGUUCUCUGCUAUGCGCGAUCAGAUCACAGGUUCUGAAGGAUGUCGGAGAGGGCAUCACUGAGGUUCAGAUCAUUCAAUGGUACGUGGAGGAAGGGGCUCAUAUCGAGGAAUGGAAGCCCUUGUGCCAAUAUCAGUCGGAUAAAGCUGUCGACGAUAUUACUUCGAGAUACGAGGGUGUGAUCAAGAAACUACACUUUGAGACAGACGACACAGUGCCUACAGGAAGGGCACUCUGCGAUAUCGAAGUCGAAGAUGGCAAAUACCCCGAUGAUAACCCGCCUCAUGAAUCAACAGCAGAGCCAACCCCGGCCUCGGGGGUAACCGCUGCAGUCCAAGCAGCGGAGUCGUCUCUCGUCUCCCCACCGCCAACAAACACCCCCGACGUUGCCGAAGAGGCACCAAAGUCAAAGCACGCAUCCCUAGCAGUUCCCGCCGUCCGCGGACUGUUAAAGAACCACGGCGUGGACAUCCUCUCCGUGACCGGAACCGGCAAAGACGGACGAGUCACAAAAGACGAUGUCAUGAAGUUUGUAACAGCUCGUGACACUCCCGCAGCACAAACAUCAUCCGCCUCGGUCCCCGUAUUACCAGAUACACGACAAGCCGAGUCAACCGUCAACCUGACGCCGAUCCAAUCACAGAUGUUCAAGGUCAUGACCAAAUCCCUGAACACACCCCACUUCCUCUAUGCCGACGAACUCCAAAUCAACGGCCUCAAUGCCAUUCGCCAAAAGCUCGCCAGUAACAAGCGCGAUCCUACUAAAAUCACCUUCCUCCCCUUCGUCGUCAAGGCCGUCUCCCAGGCCCUAGCGGACUUCCCGCUUCUCAAUGCCAGGGUCGAUGUCAGCGACCCCAACAAGCCUAAACUUGUCAUGCGCGCCAAGCACAAUAUUGGUGUUGCAAUGGACACGCCGACGGGUCUGAUUGUGCCGAAUAUCAAGGACGUCGCUAAUCGGUCUAUCGUCGAGAUUGCUGCUGAGAUUGCGCGGCUCAGCGCUCUUGGAAAGAGUGGCAAGCUGACGCCUGCCGACCUCAGUGGUGGCACUAUCACUGUGUCGAAUAUUGGGAAUAUUGGUGGUACGUAUGUGGCACCGGUGAUUGUGCCGACGGAGGUGGCUAUUCUCGGGGUGGGCAGGUCUAGGACUGUGCCAGUCUUUGAUGAGGCGGGGCAGGUUACACGCGGGGAUAUGGUUAACUUUAGUUGGAGCGCUGAUCACCGUGUUAUUGAUGGGGCGACGAUGGCGAGGAUGGGCAAUAGGGUACGGGAGUUGAUUGAGUCGCCUGAGCUUAUGCUUCUUAAUCUUAGGUGA